AUACAAACUACUGACGACUUUUACAUGGACCAAGAGCUGAAACAGGCAGCGCAGCUCCUCCAAACUGUCGGCAUUUCAGACUGGUUAAUGCUUCUGGACCAGUUGUCAGGGUGCCAUCAUCUGAACGAGUGGACAACCCGGGCUCAUGGGGCUUUGGUCAAGCGUUUGUACACUCCCGAAGGUGAAGCAAUCCACGAAAUGAAGGAUUUGGAGAACGGCGCAAAGGUAUACGCAUCGCACGGUGAAGCCUGGAUUGACACAUCAGGCUCUGGCACAUUUGCCCGUCUGUCGGCUCUACCACACAGGCUUGACUCGACGUUUCACAUGCGCUACACGAUGUCUCUAUACCGGAACACGCAUACUCACAGUCAUUUGUCAGGCUUGUCAAGUUGGCCAGAGCUACGAAGCGGCCAAAGAAAUGUCUAG